UGUGUCGGUGUCGUGUGUCUGUGUCUGUUCCUCUGCCGUGUGUCUGUGUCUUUGACCCCGUGUGGCUGUGACUGAGCAGCAAUAUGAGAACUGGCGGGAGAACCAGCCAGACAACUUCUUUGCGGGUGGAGAGGACUGUGUGGUGAUGAUCGCCCACGAGAACGGCAAGUGGAACGACGUGCCCUGCAACUACAACCUGCCCUACGUCUGCAAGAAGGGAACAGUGCUGUGUGUCAACCCUCCCACCGUGAAGAACGCCUUUCUGAUUGGUCGUAAGCGGUCCCACUAUGACAUCCACUCAGUGGUGCGUUACCAGUGUGCCGACGGGUUCCUCCAACGCCACGUCCCCACGGCCAAGUGUCGUGCCAACGGCAAAUGGGAGCGGCCCAAAAUCAUCUGCACUAAGUCCCGGGGAGCACAGCGCUACAGGCGGCACCAUGACCAUCACAACGGCCGACGGGAGCGCAGAAAGCACAAGAAGCACGGCCAUGGACACGGAGAGGGGGGCCACCACGGAGGGGAUCAGGGCCACAGGCAUGGGCACGGGCACGGGAACGGGAACGCUCAUGCCCACAUCUGAACCAAAAACGUCCACUGCCCGAACCUCGCCUCGCUGCCCAGUCUCCUUCCUCCCCCUCUCUACCCCCUCUCCUGCCCUGUUCCUGACCCCACAACCUGGCUCCCAGAGCCAGCCUGUAUCAUACUCAACUCUGAGGCCUGACAGCCGACUGCUAGGCCUCACUGAGACAAUAACAAUCUCUUUGUACUCUUCUUUACCUUCACUGCUUUUCUGUCUCACUCCCGGCCUACUUUUAUCAAGUCAACGAGGACCCAGGAUAUGGGGCUUUGCUCACCUGUUAAAAUCUGAAGAGGUUUCUUUUGUUUCCUUCUAUUUUUACAUUAACGAUCGUGGAGGAGGAGGUUUAGUACAAACUGUAAAUAAUGACAACAUCGUCAGAAAAUUCUGUAUCAAAACCAGAAGAGUCGAGGAAUACAUGUACAUGCAAUCCAUGUUUUUCAAUUGAGUCUUCGUUCUAACCUUGUUUUUAACAGAUGUAUUGUCUGACUGUAUUUCUUGACUUUGCUGUUUUUGGUUAGCUCUUUGGAAGACCUUUUGCUUAAUGACCUACAACAGUUAUUCUGAACAGAUUUAGCUACGGGCUUUCUUUGACACUGGCAAUUCUACUGGUUUCGAAUGACUAGCAUUGUAUCUCAUCAUUGUUACGACAGUCACUUUUAACUGGGUGUAGAGGAAAACCGAGAAAAUGCACAGUUAGCCUGUAUCCAAAUCGACCUCACGCCACUGAGGUUGAUCCAGAAGCUCAAGCUUCUCCCCGUAGUGGUGGAAGACCCCCACAGCAGUCCAUGUUUCUUCUAACGAUAUCAUCCUACUGUACGUGUUUCCUUUCUAAGUCACUCUGUGUUCCUGCUUCACUAUUAGAGGAGAUAGCUAGUAAGGAGUCGAGAAACACAACCCAGAAUACGGCAGAUUAUGACUAGCCUCUCUGAGUCUGGUUUCCCAGCUAGCUAAUAGGCAAUGAUCCUUCGUCAGAAUUCUCUCAUACCCAUCACCACACUCUCAUAUUCCGUCUAUGUCCCGGUGUCAAUGGUCUGUUCGUCUUCCAUUUUGGAGUUCUACUUCUCUGGCCCGCUGAGGAGAAAUUGUUCUGUCAGACUGUCAGAGAGAGAAAAGGAGAGGGGGAGGAAUAGAGAGAGAGAGAGAGA